AAAAAAAAAAAGUCUCACACAAACGUCCAUGAAAACACAUCAACAAGCCCCUAACUACCUCAUCUAGAGUUGAAGCCAGACGUUUUCAUACGCUGUACAAAAACAAAGUUCAUUUUUUUUUUGUCUCAAUGUCCGUAGUCAAAUCAGACUAAACCUGUCCUAUUUCAGGUCAGUCAGGAUCACCAAAAUUAUUAAAUUUUGUUCAAUGUCACGAUAAUGAAAGAGAAUUUCUUAGAGAAUUUUAAAUUAUUUUCUUCCAUGGUUAUACUUGCGUAUAAUUGAACGUGGCACCUUCAAGCAUCUGGAAAUUGCACCCAAGGAUGCACCAGAGUUGUGGAGCCCCAUGAUUUUUUUGUGUCUGAUUUUCCAGCUCAUUUCUUUUGAUUUUCCCAUGAAGAAACAAGAAAGAAGAGUGUGUGAGGUAUGGCCUUAAAUACAUCCCCAGGUGUGCGAUCAAUGAAGUCACAUGUUCUCAGUUAACCUAUCAGGAGCUUCCAAAGCAAUGACCUCUUCAUCUGAGCUUCCCCAUGUUCUUUAAAGAAAGUACUUUUUGUGUAUGUGAACUUUUGACCUCGAAGGAAAUAAUGUGAAUUUCUCAAAGAAAUUCUCUCUCAUUAUUGUGGCAUUUUACAAAAAGAAUUUUGCUGAUUUGACUUGAGACAAAAUAAAAAUCUAACGUGUUUUUGCACAGUGUAUGUACACUUUUGCCUUCAACUUCGCUACCGGCUGUUCCACCGAGGCUUGUCGCGGUCAGCAAAACGAAACCCCCCGAGAUGGUCGUGGAGGCCUACAACCAAGGGCAACGUAACUUUGGAGAAAACUAUGUUAACGAACUUGCAGACAAAGCUUCAGAUCCUAUGAUUUUGGAAUCAUGCCCAGACAUCAACUGGCAUUUUAUUGGUCAUCUCCAGAAGAAUAACGUCAACAAACUCUUGGGUGUGCCAAAUUUGUUCUUGGUGGAGACGGUCGACUCUGCGAAACUGGCUGACAAGGUCAACAGCUCAUGGCUACGAAUCAGAGGAGUGAGCACACAGAGAUUAAAAGUCAUGGUGCAGAUCAACACUAGCGGCGAACAGAGUAAAUAUGGCCUUCCACCAGAGGAAACCGUGAAUACCGUGAAGCACAUCGUAUCGGAGUGCUCUGCCCUGCAGUUCUCAGGACUCAUGACCAUCGGGCGUUAUGGCUACAACCUCACCUUGGGUCCAAAUCCGGACUUCCAGAUGCUUCUGAGUUGGCGGCAGAAGGUUUGUGACAGUCUGAAGCUACCUCUGGAGGAGGUGGAACUCAGCAUGGGUAUGUCCACAGAUUUUGAACAUGCGAUCGAGGUAGGGUCGACUAACGUACGGGUGGGAAGCAUCAUCUUCGGCAACAGGGAAUAUCCCAACAGCGCAGCCAACACUCCGAUUCCCAGCCCUGCCCCCAGCCCGGCUCCCAGCCCGGAGAAAACAUCCAAGCAAGUGUCGGAAGAGGCUGCCAAGAAAAUGCAACAUCUGACCGUCUGAAUCGGGACACUCACAAGUGCUUCUCUUCUCAAUCUCUCCACCGUAAGAGAAACAAUUCAACCGUGCAAAUAUGACCAGCGGUACAAACUAUACACAUACAUUGAGUUAGCGUUGGCAAAUUAUUGUGUAUUAAAUAGCGUUCCGAUAAAGUUUUUAUCUUUUUCACACUAAAAAAAGUACAGUAAUUCUAUUCAACUGUUGUUGAUUACCUACAGUAGGUUUGAGCUUCCCUAGAAGAUGUACUGUACACCUGUUAAAAUCAAAUAUGUUUUUCCAGUAAUAAGCUGAGUUGACGGACUUUGUGUGGUGAUGUUACUUUCGACCAGUCUAACCCAACAUGCUUGACUGUCUUGUACAUUUUUGUUGUGCAUCUGAAGCAGACUUGAUUUAAUAAAUCUCUCAUCCCUUUACAAUGGCUUUUUUUUUUUUCUAUUUACCGUAAUUCCCGGCCUACAGCGCGCACCUGGUUGUAAGCCUCACCCUGUAUAUUUGUAAAGGAAAUACUAUUUGGUACAUACAUGGGCCGGAGCCGUGUAAAAGCCGCAAGUGCCCAGAUUGAAACACGAGAUAUUUACUAAGAAAGACGGUACACAGAGAGUUUAACGCUAGCGCCCCUGCGCUCACAGGGCCGGUUAAAAAGGACCUGUAAAAAUCACUAAGAAAGGGUAGUAACACACUAGCGCAGUGCUAACAGGGCGGAACCGGUAAAAGUCACUUCCUCGGUACAUAUAUUCCACCGGUUUCACUCUUACUUUUUCCGCUCGAGUGCACCCUUGCGGGUGUUAGAAAAAGGCACAACUUUGCCGCAUCGCCACAUAAAGCAAGGGUUGAAAGCAUGUGGAAAAAAAAAGUGCUUAUAGGCCGGAAAUUACGGUGUGUGUAUAUAUAUAUAUAUAUAUAUAUAUAUAUAUUUUUUUUUUUAACUCAUUUGUCGCUUGAUAGGCGCAAAGCCAAGAGUGGUUCACAGAAUUCUAUGUAGGCAGCAGGUAGCUACAUAUGUAGUGUGAGGGAAUCUAUGCAACGUGGUUUUCUUUUAAAUCUGCUGUAUGCUAGGAUUGUAGCAGGUGGUUGAUCAUAAAUUAUAUAGAUUUCAAAUAUUGUCUUCAGGAUGUCUUGAAUAGAGCAUUUUAACAUUGUUUGGUUUGAGCCUUGCUCUGAGAGACACCCAAGCAGAGCAAUAAACAUGUCCACUGCUAGUGUGUGUAUUUCUUGUAUCUAGAUUUAUCAAGUCGUGGUUUAUGACAUGGCAAUUUCUGUUUCGAACAAAUGUCUUUAUUAAGCUGCAUAGGGAGGUGACAAUCACAACUUCAAUCCUAGAGCACGAUCUGGUUGACAAUACUGCAUCUAAAAAUAAUUUGAUAUUUAAAUGAAUCUGUAAAAAUUGAAAACUCCAUACACUUGUGAUUUAAAUAGUCUUCCCUGUUGAGUACGGCAUAAGUUAAAUGAACCGAGACCAUCUUGUAGUACUCCCAUGCAGUAAUAAAGUAGAACAAAAACCCAGACCAACAAGCUCCAAUGUGCAGACCACAGAUAAGCGGAUUUAAACAAAUAUUGCAUGAACACCAAAAUGACUUCUACCUACAGUAUAAUCUACCCUUAGAACAAAAUUAUUUAUCAAAGCCUUCAACAUUUUGGAAAAAAAACCUCCAAUUAUGCCAAAGAUUUACACAAUACUAGUAACUACAUAGUUACAAGAAUGUGUGCGGUUUUGUGUACAUGUUUUUAUAGUUUUUCCACUGACGUUCUUUGACGCAAAUCUUUAAAUGCCCUAUAGUACAGCUUUUUUUGUCUUUUUUUUUU